AUGUUUGACUCAAGUAGCUCGUACGGGGCCACCACCGUCGUGCCUGUGCAUGGCGGCGACGCACAGCACGGCGAGCACUUCGACAACGUCCCGCAUUCGAAGAGGAAGCUCGGGACUACUAGCGUCGUAUUCCUUAUCUUCAACCGUAUCAUUGGUACUGGUAUAUACGCGACCCCGUCGACGAUCCUGCUCUCCGCCCGUUCCCCCGCCCUCGCGCUCCUCAUGUGGCUCGUCGGGGCUUCCAUCGCCGCGAUGGGGUUGGCCGUGUACAUCGAGUUUGGGACUACCCUUCCCCGCUCAGGGGGCGAGAAAAACUACAUUGAGCACAUCUACCUCCGGCCCCGCUUCCUCGCAACCUGCAUCUACGCAUUCUAUGGCGUGAUGGCUAACCUAAGUGCUGCGAACAGCCUCGUAUUCGGCGAAUACGCAGCGCACGCGGGCUCCCUGCCCUCGUCCCUUCCACUCCCCUUGCUUCCCUCGUUGCCAACCCCCCUGAUCCUCGCUCUCCUCGCCCUAUCUUUCAACCUCCUCCUCCAUGCCUUCUCCGUCCGCCUCGGCCUCGGCCUCUCCAACGUCCUUGGCCUCGGCAAACUCGCAUUUCUGUGCUUCAUCGUUAUCGCUGGUGUCGUCGGGAUGUUCGUCGUUAAAGAUUCCCCGUGCACUGGUAAUGCGGGUACGUAUAACAGCGGUUGUUGGAGACAUAAAUACCCUCGUUCCACCAGUUUGGACUCGUGGCAUAACUUUUGGGAAGGGAGCAGCGAGAUUGGGGUGAACUCAUUCGUGACGGGGUUGUAUAACGUCAUUUGGUCCUUCAUCGGCUACUCAAAUGCCAACUACGCCCUCUCUGAAAUCUCCCAUCCUAUCCGUACUAUCAAGCGCGCCGCCCCGCUCGCUCUCCUCAGCGUGACCCUCCUCUACCUCGCCGUGAACACCGUGUAUUUGGGUGUGGUGGAGAAGGGAGAAAUGAUGGGGAGCGGGGAGAUCGUUGCGGCGCUAUUCUUCAGGAAUCUAUUCGGUGAAGCAACUGGGAAGAUCCUAAGCGCACUCAUCGCGCUCUCGACCCUAGGCAACCUACUAGCGGGGCAAUUUACCCAAGGACGAAUAAUCCAGGAACUCGGGCGCGAAGGGAUCCUCCCCUUCUCUCCAUUCUUUGCCUCUAACAAACCGUUCAACACGCCCCUCCCUGGCCUCUUCACGCAAUACGCCGUCUCUUGUGCGGUGUUGCUCAUACCACCUGCCGGAGACGCGUAUCUGUUCUUGGUUAACAUGUCAUCGUACUGCAACACCCUCAUCAACACAGUCGUCGCACUCGGCCUCAUCCUGCUGUACUACUCUCCCUCUGUGUCCUCAUUCUUCUCCUCUCAUUCUCCCUCCCUACCCCCCUCCUCAAUGCCAUCAUCAUCAACACCGCUGAUAUCUCCCUACCCCCGAACCGCACCGUUCCCAUGGAUCGCCCCUCUCUCACAAUGGUAUCCCCCAUUCCGCGCGCCGAAAAUCCUCCUCAUCGGGUUCUUCAUCUCCAACCUCCUGCUCAUCGUCGUCCCUCUCGUCCCGCCCGCACCACGGCCCGACGGCGGGCGCGGGGGCGUGUACAAGAGUCUGCCGUACUGGUCCCAUGUUGUCGCGGCGCUGUCGAUAUCGCUCGUAGGGAUGUCGUACUGGUAUGUAUGGUCGAGGUGGCUGCCGAGGAAAUAUGGUUAUAGAUUGGAGAGGCGGGUAGUUUACGGCGAUGCGAAGGAUGGGGAUGAUGGAAGCGGGGGAGUUAAUGGCGACUUGCCGAUUGGGGGAGAGGGCGGGGAGGAAGUAGACGGAGGAAGACCGGCUGUCGGCGCCGUCAAGAGCAAGACGAAGACAAAAGGUGUAUCGAGAUACGUGUUUCGGAAAGUGAGAGCGGACGGAUCGGUGGCUUCAAGUUGA